AUGAUUCGAAAGUCUAAUAAGGUUUCGGUUCGGUUUACAACAAGUCGUUUGGACUUAAAAGAGAGAUUGGCGAUUAACUCUUUGUCUCUGUGUUCAUCCAAACGAGACAAGUGAUGAAGAAGCAGUCACAGAGGUAGAGAAACAAUGUCUCUCACACGAAACCCCAGAAGAUCACUCACCUCUCUACUCAACCGGGUCUCCCCUAAAGUCCCCACCUUUAAACCCCAACCCUCCGCAAUAAACCCUAGAAGAUCCCUCGCCACCACCGCCGCCGUCAUCUCGAAACUCCCCAGAAACGAGGUCCGAAGAAUGGCGCAAGCCGCCAUGUUCGACUACUUCUACAACAACAGAGGCCUACAGUUCCUAAUCGCCGAGAGCAUGAGCCGAAACGCCCCUCUCUUCAACGACACCCUUCUCCAGAAGCUACACGAUGUUUCCGCUGCUUCUUCCGGCGAUGACGUGAUCAGAUCCAUCACCAGGUUCCUUCUGUACCACCCCGUGAACGAGUUCGAGCCCUUCUUCGAGAGCUUAGGUUUAAAACCGUCCGAGUUCAGCCCUCUGGUGCCUUGUGAUAAGAUGUUUCUGAACGAAGACGCGUUCUUGUUGGAGAACUACCACGUGUUCUGGAACUAUGGGGUGGGUAGGGAGAAGAUGGGGAAGAUCUUUAAGGAAGCUAGGGAGGUGUUUGGGUACGAGAGUGGGGUUUUGGUUUCAAAGAUUGAGGCUUUUGAGUGUUUGGGGUUUAGUAAGGUGUUUGUGUCUAAGCUUAUCGUUUGCACCCCGAGGAUACUGAUUGGGGAUGUGAGUGUUGAGCUGGUUGUUAGGGUGGUGGAGAGGCUGAGAGGUAUGGGGUUUGGUUUGGAUUGGGUGGGGGAGAAUUUAUCUGAGGAAGGUUCUUAUGACUGGAGAUGUGUUAAUAGGUGUUUAAACUUUCUUGGAGAUCUCUGUGGGGGGGACGAGAGUGAGGUGGUUGAGUUGAUCAGGAACCGGCCGGGGCUUGUUUUCGAGGAGUCAGGGGAGUGGACGAUGAUGUUAACCGGGUUUCAGACAAAGCUGGGGUUGUCUAGGAGGGAGUUAGCUCCGUUUUUUCUGAAACUUCCACAGAGUCAGGAGCUAGGGAAGUGUGUUUCGAAUUUAAGACAUUGUUUCUUGUUUUUGAGAGGUAUCAAGAUGGAGGCUUACGAGAUCGGUGAGGUGUUCCGUGGCCACUCUCACUGGCUUGGUGUGUCUCGUUUGAAGCACACCAGCACCUUUCUCAACGCUCUGAAAGGCGGGAAGAAGCGGCUUUGUCAAGUCAUCCAAGAGAAUCCAGAGGAGAUGAAGAAAUGGACUAUGGGGUUAAGAGUCCAGCCUCUGCCGGGGACCGGAGUGGUGGACGUGGUCGGUUCCAAAGCGAUGAAGGCUCGGUUUUUGCUGGAGCUCGGGUACGAGGAGGACUCGGAGGAGAUGGAGAAAGCGCUCAGGUGUUUCCGCGGCAGAGGGUCUGAGCUCAGGGAGAGGUUUGAUUUUCUUUUGAGUUUGGGUUUGAGCGAGAGAGAGGCUAAAGAUAUGGUGAGAGCGUCUCCUGAUGUGCUCACGCAGGCGAGUGGUGUGUUGGAAGCAAAGGUUAACUACCUUGUAAACGAGUUAGGUUAUCCUCUUUCUACUUUGGUGGCUUUCCCUUCGUGUCUUAAGUAUACGCUUGAGAGGAUGAAGCUUAGGUUUGCGAUGUUCUAUUGGUUACAAGAGCGUGGGAAGGCAGACGCGAAGCUUGCGAUAAGUACUAUACUUGUGUACUCUGACAAGUCCUUUGUGACGAGGUUUGUAAACCGUCACCCUGAUGGUCCUAAACAUUUUGAGGAAUUGAAGAAAAAUGCUACUUUGUGAGUAUAUAGAAGAAGAAAGUUUAUCAAGAUGUGGUUUCUAACCUUUUGAUGAAUGACAAGUUUUGUAGAGCAGUAAC